AUGGUCCGUACUUGUGGGAAUGGGGCUUCCGUGAGCCAGCUAGUCCUUGAAGAGGCAUUACCCUUCGGUGAUAAGGAUAUUACCUUCCACCUGCUCACUCUCAACGUCUGCUGCACUUUAGCUUCAUUGACCAUCGCCUUUUCCGUCUUCCACAUCAUGCAGCACGCGCUGCAUUACCUGUGCUCAUACGAACAAAAACACAUCAUACGCAUCCUCGCUGUCAUCCCUGUCUAUGCUUGGACCACGUUCUUCUCCUACGUUUUCUACAGCAGUGCUGUUUACUGCGAGCUUGUCCGCGAAUGCUACGCCGCCUACGCUACCGUGAGCUUCUUCACACUCAUGUGUCAUUACAUCGCACCCAAUCUCCAUGAGCAGAAAAAUUAUUUUCGAAACGUCAAGCCGAAGAACUGGGGUUGGCCAUUAAAUUGGAUUCAGAAGCUGACCGGCGGCGAGCAUAAAGGCUGGAUGAGGAAGCCCAGAAGCGGCGUUACCUGGUUCAAUAUCAACUAUGUUGGCGUUUUCCAAUAUGUUGUUCUUCGAACCAUCGUGACCAUCAUAGCCGUCGUCACGCAAUCGUUCGGUCAGCUUUGCAAGGGAAAUCUCAACCCACGAUACGCAUCGACAUGGACAGCCAUCAUGGACGCCCUUUCCGUUCUUGUUGCCAUGUAUUGUAUACAUCAAGUCUACGACCAGCUCAAAGAAGAUCUCGCACCCAACAAGCCCGUCCUCAAGAUGAUUUGCGUCAAGUUGAUCGUUUUGCUUACCUACUGGCAAACAUGGCUUAUCUCCCUGCUCAUCCAACUCAGGGCAUUACAUCCAACGCGGCUCAUCGCUGCUCCAGACCUCCACGUCGGCAUCCCGUGUCUGCUUACGUGCGCAGAGGCUUUGGUGUUUGCGAUCCUGCAUUACUGGGCGUUUCCAUGGAGGCUGUACGACAUCGAUCGGCUUCCAAAAUAUCCAGAGCAAAUGUAUGAUCUACUCGCAGAAGACGCGAUCAACAAUAUGCAAGAGCAACCGCAUGGCAAUCGCUGGAAUUUCGACAUUGCUAGCCUAUCAAGAAGACAGUCACCUCGGCAAUCUGUCGCUCUAGAAGCAGAUGAUAAUCCUAUCGGCAAUGUUGAAGUGCAUGCGAUGGCAAUACUUGAACAACCAUGGAAUACGGAGACGAGGAUCGAGCUAAAGCGACAAGAGCUGGUAUACUUCGAACACUACGUCAGUGUGGUAGCACCAAUCUUGGAUUUGUUCGACCCGGUAAAGCAUUUCGCUAACGCCGUGCCUCAUCUUGCCUUGCGUAAUAUAGGGUUGCUCAAGUCUUUGUUGGCAGUGGGUGCCUGCCAUAUGGCCCUAUCUCAGGAUCAGGAUGCAAGCAACGAGGUUGCAUCACAAGCGCCACCUGGUACGCCCGCUUCACCUUCCAGUGCACCAUCAACUGUACGGAUGGUUGCUGAGCAACUAUACUACGAGACACUGCAGUAUCUAUCGCAGAAUCUGUUGUAUCAGUCUUAUACAAAAUCACGCGAAAUCCUGGUCACCGCUACCAUGAUCUCGAUGUAUGAGAUGUUCGGGACAGCUGGCACCUCUGAUCAUAGUAACUGGGAUCGCCACCUAAGGGGAGCUUUCUGGAUACAACGCAAUUCCGACACGAGUGGCGAGUCUACUGAUGGCUUGCAACGAGCAGUCUGGUGGGCAUGGCUACGGCAAGACGUCUGGGCAGCUUUUCGUACUGGACGACCAGCACUGACAAUACACCAACCCAGAGUGCCAAUGGCUGAACUCACAUCAGAAGGUCUGGCGACACGUAUUAUAUAUAUUGCCGCAAAAUGUGUUCAGUUUGCCGCAACACCGAAGCAAGGUGAUAUCUCUGGAUACAUCGAAGCGGGAGAAACGCUAUUACGAAUGCUAGAUGCAUGGAAGAGUCUCCUUCCGCCAAGCUUUGAGCCCAUACCUGUCCAAUCCGGAUUUCACACAUCUUCACCAACUCCAGCGCUCGAAGCGAAUAUGACGCCGAUUUGGAUACAUCCUCCCGCACAUGCUGCUGCUAUCCAAAUGUAUCACUUUGCACGAAUCAUAAUGAUCCUCAACCAGCCAUCCACCGGAGGCCUUAACACGUAUCAGACACGUUUCAAGCUCCUCCGCGAAAGUACCUCGACGAUAUGCGGUAUAGCAUUAGCGCAGCAAUCGCAAAAUGCACCCUCGGCUUUCGUUAGCUUCCAGGCUAUCUAUGCAGGUCUGUUCACCCACAGUUCAUAUCUGAUAUGCAUGCUGACUUAG